AGCGUUUUUCUUAUAAUGUGGUAACAUCUCAGUCACAAGCACACUAAUACCCUAACUUGUGAGAAUAAUCAUGGCAUAGUAAUUCUGUCUCUUCCUCAUUGCUUGCAUCAUCUGUAACCACUAGAUGUGCCCUUUCAUGGUCCUUUAAAGAUGUUUUAUGAUCAUGAAUCAAUAACGUGGUUAAAAUGCCAACCAUAAUGCACUAUCAUGUCUCUGGUUUAUUUGCUAAGGCAUAUGGGAAGACUGCCACAAAUCAUAAUGCCUUGUGCAUAAUUGCCGAGACAGGAAUUUUGCCAUGAACUGGAGGCAUCUUUUAUGAUUUUGUGUCGAGUCUUUCAUAAACAGCAAACUGACCAACAAGUUCUGGAAUCGACUUCCUUCCAUCUCCAGAACCUGUUGCUUCAGCUGCUGAAACCUACAUUCAUCAACAGAGUCUGUUCAUCUUAUGAAGUGAGUAAACAUACAGUGAAUCCAUUCAGUGUCACACCCUUUCCUCAUGGUUCUUCUCAUGCAAAGAAAUGAAUACACAGAGACUCCAGAAUGAGAACAAGCAGCCCAUGUAAAUCAGAACUUAAAGAGGAGGCUGCUAAAGAAUAGGAGUUCAACAGCAGUGUGCUCCAAAAAAAUAAGAAAAACAGAAGACAGCUUACAUGUUCUGUAGUAGAUGAAGAAGAAAUCUUAGAUUUGGAAAAUGGUUUUGAUGGUGGUGGUGGCUGCGGCGAUGGCGACAGCGAUGACAUUCUGUGCUGGAGUUGUAGUGAAUUGUUCAGUUAUUGAAAGCCACUGGAAGUGUGGAUUUAGUACUCUGGAAUUUCUCUGUGCGCACAUCAAAGUAUCAUGGUUGACAGGAAGAAAGAAGAGGCAGCAAUGGAAACAGUGCUGAAUCAGUUGCAUAAACAUUGCAUUUCUCUUCAUGAUGACACUAUUAAAGCAUACGUUGAUCACUUCAUGAAGGUGUUGAAUCACUUGAUUGUGCUUAUGAAAGAGGAAGAUGUCUUGUUUAAAGCAAUGUAUAGAAGAAUGUCAGGUGCAGGAAGUUAUUAUGAUGGGCUGAAAGUUGGUAAACCUGAGGAGUUUGAUGUGGAUAUAGUAAUUCGCCUGCCAGUCAGUUAUGAAGAAAUUACUAUUGUAAGUAAUCGCAGUGUACCACCAGCAUUCACAAAAGUUCAGAUAACAACAAAAGCAAUGGAUUUACUAAGACAACGUCCUGAUUGGGCAAGUACCUAUCGAUCCAUGGAUAAGUGGAGAGAUAAGGAUGGUUUCUUGCUGCAGUCUGAGUUCCGACAGUGGGUGGAGAGUGUAGUCAAUAAGGCUCUGAACAGGCUGAGGAGAAGCAAGCCCAACUGCUAUGAGCUGGGAAUUCAGGACCCAGAUGCGUCUGGGAGACUGUCACAGUACCAUAUAUCCCUGAAGAAAUCUGGUCCAGCCAUGACUUUUACUGUUACAAUGAUCCCUAGUAAUGCCAAGGUGGAUGUGGAUUUUGUUCCUGUCAUAGAGUUUACCCACCCAAAGUGGCCUGCAGGAUCUGUCCGUCCACUUUCUGAUCAACUCAUUAAAGCAAAGAGGACUUCAUGGUUCAUUGUGCCCAAGCCGAAGUCUAAGACAGGUGAUGCUGAUCACACCUUGUGGAGACUUGCAUUUCAUGAGCAAGAAAGGGAACUCAUAAAUGACAGAGGAACGCUGAAACCUGUGUGUCGGCUGUUGAAGAAAUUAAGAGAUUCUUGUCAGCUAAAUAUUGCAAGCUACUAUUUGAAAACUCUAUUCCUUUGGGAAAUUGAUGCAAACAAGGCACCAGACUUUUGGAAGAUGAAGCAGAGUCAUCUAUUUAUGCAUAUGCUGAAGAUUCUUCAGCAGAACCUAAAACGUGGAGAAAUUAAGUACUAUUGGGACAAACACUGUAAUCUCAUAGAAGGAUUCCAAGAGAAGCAUAAGGAAAAUCUUGUAUGCAGGCUGGACAAUAUCAUUGCCCACAUUGAAAGGAAUGUUUCGGAGAGUCCAAUUGUUAUUGCAGAGCACAUCCUUACCAAGGAAGAGUUUGAAGCUUUUAAAAAGAACUGUUCUACAACAUUUCCAUCACCUAGCAAGCCAGUAGCUGCAGUGCCUAACAGUGCAACAAAAGAAGCUGUAGUCCACAGUCCAAAUUUGCAAGGAUUCAGACACAAAUCAGAUGUACCCUGUUCUCUCUGUGUGGACAUGUCAUCUAAACUUGAUAGUAUUAUAAUCGCACUUACUUCCGUGCAGUCAAGAGUACACACAUUGGAGGGCAGAAUUAAUGUACUCUGUGCAGACAUUAGAAGCAUCAGAAACCAGUCGCAGUUUAAGUCUGCACCACGUGUGCUCAAUGUGCCACAACACUUUCUGUGAUAAAACCUCUGUUAAGUGAAAUUCAGGAAACGUAAUUUCUUUAUACAGUAUACUACCAGUUAUCCAGUGGCAUCUGGGAUUCUCAUCAAACCAGCAGAGACUAUAAUAAAGUUAUUCAAAAUUUAACUUGAAAUGUGUACAUGUUCACGUGCCUCUCAGUCACCACUAGCAGCACUGCCCAUCAUCCUCCCUCACACAGGUGCCAUUACAGUAGAUCCUAACUGAAUCUGUGAUCACGUUACAUUAUAUGUAUGUGAAAUAUUUUGCACACAAUUCCAUUAUAUAUCUUAUGAAGACUACCAUGCAGGAAUUAAAACAAAAACUUGAUCACUUACACA